CCCAUGGCAGUCGGUCAUACAAUGGCGCACCCUCACUUCUCCCCACCCUUGACGAUUGCGCAGUAUCAGUUGAAGAUAUUCAAGGAUAAUCACACGUGCCCCGCGAGUACUAUGUCACUUGAGCAACACCUCGAAGCUAAGAGGAUAGUCAUCGCGUUGCUGGAGCAUCGCGUUCCGAGCCGAGUAAUUAUUGGCUGGGGCGUCGACCAGGAACUCGUCCUCGAAUCCGCGAAUGAGCUGAAACAAGCCGCGCCACCGCCGCGGUCGGAGGACGUGCACGUGGCUCCUGUUGUGGCCCAUAAUCCUGUACCUUCGAGUGCACAGGUGCCGUAUCAGCAACACAGACAGCACGACGUCGUCCAAGUCCAGCCACAGCAUCAGUUGGAGCAACGCACUCAACAAUUCGAACGGCAGGCCCCACCCCAUCUCCCACAGCGGCCGCCGCCGCCUCCGCAGCAGCAACGACAACCAUAUCAACAGCCAGUCCACGAUCUAGUUGAAGGUCAACGUCAAGUCCGUACUCAACAUGCGCUGCCGCUCGAUUAUGACCCCCUCAACCCAUCGGCCACACUUCCCAAGACGCAACUGGCUUCGUUCUCGUCCGCACCCUUGAACUCUCAAGCACAACCCUUCCAGCCGAAGCAUCUUCGGAACCCUUCUUCUACGGCAUCCGUCGAGUCGUCGACGAAUCAAUCUAGCCAGCCUACACCGGCGACAGUACAGCAACCCGCGCAACCCGCGCGCUCUCACCAGCCCACGCCAGUCGUGCACACCAAUACGUCUGCCCAACCAUCGUCGACGAGCCUUUCCGUCAAACUUCCAUCCACCGAAUCCACCAAUGCCGCCGAAACAGAGUCCAAGAAGGCACCAACACUUCCAAGGCCCACGUCUCGCACUCCUCAGGCGCAGGCUUUCCGCGUCCCUCUAGCGUCUUCCAACGCAGACCCGCUCGCAGCGCGAUUCUCCUACCGCGCCGGCGUGAACGAUGUUCUGAAGGGUGCCUUUCCCGCCUCAUCGUCGUCCCAGCCACACACCGUGGAGUCCUUUCCAUACGAACGCCUCCGGAAGCUUGAAGCCGUCCACGUAACCCUCACCUCCGAACCCUCCGUAGAAGGUUGGACGCCUGACUCUACACUUCUGAGCCCGUCUUCCAAACCUGGUUUUUUUGAUUUAGGCGGUUCGUCCGCCGAAUAUGUCGAGCUCGAGGAAGGCGAUGUCACUGUCACUGUCACUCUCGCUGUCGGUGGCGCCGACGCCGACGCUGGAGACCCCUCUGCGACCAAUUCAUCUGCGUUUCCGACUGAUGAGGAGGGCGAUACGUAUUCGCACUUGCCCGGUUACGAGAACGUCCGGUUAUCGUCACUGGUUCGCUCAUCUCACCACCCCAACGCUAAUGCUCACCCCGACGUCCCGGAGCUCGACACGGACACUACAAGACGCUCUGGGCCCAGCUCGUCUGCGCCUUCGACGGUUUCGGAGUCUGACGGUUAUACACCCCCGCCCUGCCACGAAGACGACGACUAUAUCGGCCCCAUUCACGGUCACCGAAAUCCUCGAACCGUGAACAAACUGGCUGAUGUUCAGGACAGUCUCGCGGCGUCGUGGUGGGCUGCUGACUGGGCGAGGGAUAGAGCAGGCUUGCCUCGCGGGACCGAGUCCGUCAAGAGUGCCGAUACCGAUGACAAGGCCAAGGGCAAGGUGGAUAAAGGGAAGGGGAAGGCGGCGGACAUAGGGACGGGGAUAGAGGCGGAAUUGGAGAAGCAGACUAAGGAGGACGUUGUCGUAUUGCCGGAAAACGAUACCGACGGGGGGCCGGGCGACCUCGCCGGCGACAUUGCCGUCAAGCGUGCAGAGCCUCACGUCUGUGUGGAGGGGAGCGAAUGUCCUCGAUACACGGCCAACCACCCAGAAGACUGCACACACGGCCCCUGGCAUCCUCCGAUCGUAUGUCAGGACUAUGCCGAGCGCCUCGGGUGCUCGAAACUGCAAAAUGGCGCCAAGUGCCUAGACGUGCAUGUUCCGCUCGAGGUGUCGAGGAGGCAGCCUCCUGGUUGGUGUCCCCAAGGGAAGGAGUGUAAAAGUCGGAGGAACGGGAGGUGCCUGACGAAGAUGUGGGGUUUGGUGCCAGGGAAGAAGACGCACCAAGAGAACUUUCAUGGGAGUAGUGAGGAAUUUCGCGCACUUUGGGAGGAUUAUCAGAAGAGAGUCGUUGCGUAUCUUGAGAGGAAUGCGGAGAUGAUGUUGGAGGGUGCGAGGUGCCUCGUGGGUAAAAUUCUUUGUAGAGCUCUUUUUUCUGGCUAUGCUUUUCUCUCAAGUUUUUGCUAUGUACUUCGAAAACUGAACUAAAUUGUAUUAUGGUUUCCAAGCCCUCGUACCUCUUCAUCGCGUCGCCACCCUUCUCAAAUCCUCCAAGUCAUCAAAGCCCACCACGAACCCUUCAUCUCGAAGCUCCAUGAGUCGCGUGAAUGCCUCCGGUGCCGUUUUCAUCAUCUCCACCUUAUCCUGCGCAAGCAUCCGGAACGACUUCAGAGGCUUCAACGACACGCCAUCGAAAUCGACUGCAUUGGGAGGCAUCUUCCAGCGGCCCUCCACAAUACCGACGAUGGCCUCGUAGUAUGUCCUAUCUCUGCGAACAUCUUGAAACGGCCUGAGAGGGGAGGUCAAAAUGAGGUGUUCGAUAUUAGAGGUGCCGCGGCACUCGUUACUGAGGUGGUGGUAUCCGUUGUGAGUUUCGGGGUAUUCGAAGUUGAGUCGUCCGAACAUCAGAUAGGCAAAGGUCUUGUGUACAGCGAUAGCGAGGGUGGACAAAUUGGUCAUGUCCCCAACGAGUAGUGAUAAGUAGGAGUUGCAGAGGGUGUCGUUGAACGAGAUAUAAGACUUGAUCCGGUCUUUGUGGCGAGUCACGAAUGCGACAAACUUGGUGCCCAGCGGAUGCCCGAACCGUAUGGACUCAAUCUCG